AUCUCUGUUGAAUGAAUGACGGCCUGCGAGAGGUGGCUGGGCCGGAAGGGCCCCCUGGGCUCCGCUCUCACCCUGCACCCUGCCUGUCCUGUCCCCCAAAGCCCCGGCCUGCUCCUGCUGCUGCUCAGCGGCCUGCGAGCCGAUGUUCAAGAAAAGGAAGUCAGGGCGAUGGUGGGUAGCGACGUCAAGCUGAGCUGCGUCGACUCCCAAGAAAACACUUUCAACUUAAACGAACUUUUCGUUUAUUGGCAAAUCAGCGUCACUGGCAAACCGAAAACCGUGACUUACUACCUGUCCACGAACGGCUCCGUGGGCCACGACGAUAACCAGUAUAAGGGCCGGGCCGAGCUGUCACUGGACGGCAUGAGACGGGGCGACUUCUCGCUGCGUCUGUACAACGUCACCCCCCAAGACGAGCAGAAGUUUAACUGCCUGGUGUUCAGGAAUUUGGAGAGGGUUUUGAAUGUGGUGGUCACGCUGCACGUGGCAGCGAACUACAGCAUGCCCAAGGUCAGCACCCCCCAGGACCAGGACGAGGAGCUCACGUUCACGUGUAGGUCGACGGACGGCUACCCCAGGCCCAACGUGUACUGGAUCAACAGGACGGACAACAGCCUGCUGAGCAAGGCCCUGCACAACAGCUCGGUCUCCCUGAACAGCCGGGGCCUGUACGACGUGGUCAGCGUGCUGAGGGUCCCCCGGACCCCCAACCUGGACGUUGGCUGCUGCAUCGAGAAUGUGCUUCUGCACCAGAAUCUGACGGUCAGCAGCCAGGCCGAGACAGGAACAUCCACGGGAACCAAAAGCAGCAUCACGGAGCCUGGCGGCACCGCCCGCGAGGGGAAGUCCAACGCCCUGGUGGCCGUGCUCGUGCUGGGCCUGGUCGCGGUGGCGGUGGCAGUGGGCUGGGCGUGCCGGAGCUGGCGCCUGCCCUGCCGGCGCUAUGCAGGUGCCCAGGCUGUGAGGCCCGAGCUGGAGCUCACCGACCACGUCUGAUGAGACUCACCGCCCAGGACGUGGACGGGGCUUCUGUGAGAUGCCACGAGGACGGGCGUCACACGGCAGCUUGAGAACUGACUCGAGCAGGCUGGUGGCCGAGGGGGACCAUCUGCCCCAACCUGCACCACUGACGACGGGCCUCACGGACAGAGCCUCCUGCCUGGAGGGGACACGCAGAGGCCUCCCCUGCAGAGACGGCGCUUGGCCCCGGGGAGGCCUCACAGACAGAGCCUCCUGCCUGGAGGGGACACGCAGAGGCUUCCCCUGCAGAGACGGCGCUUGGCCCCGGGGCGCCUCCCUGGUCCCACAGCAGCUCUGGGACGCAUCUCCGAGCGGGAGGGCGCCCCACCGCCACUGCCGAGGAGCAGAGCAGAAAGGGCCCAGGAUGGCUCCUUCCCACCAGCCGCCCUGGCCCUGCCGGCCCCCCAGCCUGCACCCAACCUGCGCUGCGGCCAGGGGCUCCCACGCUGCCUGUGCUGGUGUGCACCCCAAACGCAGAAAACAGCCGAUUUGGCUUCCUUUAGGGGAUCCUCCGAGAGGGCGUCCGACCUCGGCUAUGGGGGCCAAAAGCCAGGGCUCCAUCUGGGGGCCGCACAGGGGAGUCAUGAGGAGAAGCCUCCCCAGAAGGGACCACCAGGGGCCUCGGAGUGGGGCAGCGGCACGGACGGCAGGGCGCUCGGCAAGGCACAGGAAUUCCCCGAGUGCGCGUGUGGCUCCCGCCCCGCCGCCCACCGCCCGCCGCCUCCUGCCCGGCCCGCGCUGAGAACCCCAGGGUGAUGGAGACCCCGCUCGUUGCCAGGGCCCUCCCGGGCGAUGGGAGACUGGCAGUGGCCCUGUUGUCUGGAAUGAAUCAAGCAGUAAAAUGUUUCCAGAAUGUUCUGCCAAGGAGCCUGCCAGAUGCGUAGCCCGGGAAGGCGGGGCGGGGCGGCUUCCCCGCAGUCAUUUAGUGCUGCCGGCCCCAGACCCCAGCGUGGCCCCGAGGUGAAGCCACGUCCAGCACGCGCUCCGAGGACGCGCGUGUCUGUGUCUGGGACAGCUGCUUGUUAAUGAGUGCGAGGGGCCCCCCAGACCUUCACCGCGAAAGCACGGGAAGACCAGGGCCAGUCUGCAGGGACAGAGGGGUGCCGACCGCAUCGGGAGCAAAGAGGCCCUGGGGCGCCGGGAGGCGGCGAGCAGUGCUUGUCCCCGAGACUGACUGAAGCUGGACAGACGCGCCUUCCCCCACCACCCCAAGCCCGCGGAGGCCCCCACAGUGCCCCAGCCCCAGCCGCCUGGCGCCCUCAGCAGACCUGGAGGGAGGGGCCUGGGCCGAGGGGCUGGAGUCUCGCAGGCGGCGGGUCGGAGACGGACACACCGGGGGCCUGGUUGGGCCACCCCGCAGCACUGCCCUGGGCCCCCACGGCCUUGGGGUGCUCUGCACGCAGGGCCCUGCCUUGGGCCUGCAGAAGACCGGACUGGCCUCCGGGACACACCUGUGUCCUCGCGGCUCAUGCUGGCACUCCUCCUUCGGCCCCAGGGUCCCCGUCUGUCACUGUGCCUUUUGUACACGGGCCGGAUGCCCACGUCGCGCACCUGCCCCUGCCACCUUGGUUUGAGCCAAUACAGAUGGCGGCCACGUCCGGUGGCUUUGA